ACGACUCUAGAUACCCAGCUCAACAGGCAGGCAAAGAGACCCUGAUUUCUCUGGUUGGAAAGACUGUUCCUUGGAAAAGAUUGGCAGCACUCCAAAACCCAAACAUGACUGAACAAAAUAAAGAGGUCCGGAUUGUUCUGGUUGGAAAGAUUGGUUCUGGGAAGAGCGCAACAGGAAACGCCAUCCUGGGGAGAAAAGCGUUUGAAUCCAAAAUGUCCUCUAUUUCUGUGACAUCCUCAAGUAAAAAGAAAAGAGGAAAUGUGGGAGGGCAACAUGUAGCUGUCAUCGACACACCAGGCUUGUUUGACACCAAGUUAACACAGGAGGAGGCACUGAAAGAGAUCUCACAGUGCCUGCUAUUCUCCGCUCCUGGUCCCCAUGUGUUCCUGGUUGUUCUCAAGCUGGGAGGAUUCACUGAAGAGCAGCAGGAAAUUGUGAAGAUGAUCCAGACAUUAUUUGGUGAUGAAGCAUCGAAAUACACCAUGGUUGUCUUCACACAUGGAGACCUUCUUGAUGAUGUAACAAUUGAAGACUUCCUGCAUGGAAAUCCCAAACUGGAAAGUUUCAUUACCAAAUGUAAUGGGGGAUAUCAUGUCUUCAAAAACAAAGAUCAGAAUCCCUCCCAGGUCCCUGAGCUCCUUGAGAAGAUAAACAAGAUGGUGACGAUGAAUGGAGGAAACCACUACACCACUGAGAUGUUCCAGGAGGCUGAGAGAGUGAUUGAAGAAGAGAAGAACAGGAUCUUGAGAGAGAAUGAAGAGAAGAUACACAAAGAGAGGGAAGAACUGAAGGCAACGUUUGAAGGAGUGUGUCUAAGAGAAGAAGUAGAGAAGCUGGGGAUAAAACAGGAAAGAAAAGCUAGAAAGAAUGCUGAGAAAUUUAGCAAAAUGGGAACAGGUGCUACAAUCGGAGCGGCUUUGGGAACAUUUGGAGGCCCAGUUGGUAUGUCAGUUGGUGCAGCAGUGGGAGCUGCAGUGGGAGCUGGAGCAUGCAGUACUCAAUGAGAGUCCGUAGAUAACAGUGCUGUACCUUCUACAAGUUGUUUGACUUCAUUACUUGAUAUUGAAAGCUUCCUCUAUAUACACAGAGUCAACACAACAUAUGUUAUUGUAGCCUACAUUAAAAAUGAUACUCAGGGGGUUGAUGAACACAUAUUUAGCUGUUUUUGUUAUUAUGUUUUACUGAUCACAAGAAAAGGUUGUUGUAUUGAGGUAGAUUUUAUUAGGAGUAACAGACACCUGCAAAAGAUGGGAGGCACUCACUAAUAAAGUAUUACUUAUAUGUAUUAUUAACACUCACUAAUAAAGUAUUACUUAGAUGUAUUGUUAACACUCACUAAUGAAGUAUUACUUAUAUGUAUUAUUAACACUCACUAAUGAAGUAUUACUUAUAUGUAUUAUUAACACUCACUAAUGAAGUAUUACUUAGAUGUAUUAUUAACACUCACAAUGGACACAUUUCAGCCAUCAAGCAUUUCCCUUUUGGACAUAAUGUCAUUAAUUACAUCAUCCAUGUGAUAAUUCUGUAUUGUGUUGUUCUUAUGACCUCACAGAACCAUGGUUCUCAUAAUUGAAAGAACGCCUCAUUAUCCACUAUGCACCACAGUCAAUUUAUCCCCUCAUGUUGCAUGAACUUAAACUUGAUGCAUUACUGACACUUUGAAGUCAACACAUAAGUGUCUAAAGGGCAGGGAGUUCUAAUGCAAAGACCCAUUUUCUAUCAAAUCAUGUGACUUAGGCUUCUAAAUCACACUCAAAGAGAUGGCAGCAUAACA